UUUCCUCACGGAGAACCCUACAAGGUGCCACAUCCAUCGAUCUACAAGGUGGAAAACGUGCCACAGCUGGUGGAAGUGAAAGAAGCUCUGGGUCGCCAGGGAUUGAGUGAUCCAUGGCUGAGGAAUGAAGCCUGGCGCUACGAGAAGAAGGCCUUCGGCACCCACAGAUCUCGUCUGAACGCCUUUCUCUUCCGCGGUCUCGGCGUUGGCUUUUGCGCCUUUCUUGCGACCAUCGCCGUCGAGUACGGUUUGGGCACUGGCAAGGGCCAGGGCGGCCAUGGGCACGGUCACGACGACAAAGGCCACCAUUAGUGAAAUUAAAUAAACAUGUGUUACGCUCUGAAUUAAUUUUAUUCGCAGUUCAUACUGUUGAUUAACUCCAAACUAAAACAAGCCUCCAAUCAA